UAUUCUAGAUAUUUAUUUUCAUUUACAUCAUUUCAUCAUUUACAUUAGCAUAAUGUACUUUAUUCGAUACUUAUAUAACUUAAAAUUUAAAAUUAUCUAUUUUUAACAAUUAAGAAUAUCUGUUCAUAAAUUUUUCUUUAGUAAUGUAUAUUUUAUAAUAAUAUUAUUUUUACACUAAAAAUAUAUAUUAAAAAUAUUUAUAAAAAAAUAUUAAAAUAGAAAUUAUAUUAUAUUUAUAUUUAUAUUUAUAUUUGUAUUCGAAUUACAUUAUAUUAUAUUUCUUUAUUAUGGAAAUUAUAUUUUAAAGUCGUUUUUGAUAUUACAAUUGUACAUUUUUCUUUUUAUUACGAAGUUUAUUGUAUUCAAAGAUUAUAAAAACAAGAUUAAAUUCUUUGCAAUAUUUCUUUCAAAUUCAAAAUUUUAAAUUACAAAGUCAAUAAGCAUUUAUAUAAUAUAUUUGUAAAAAAAAUCGAGUGAAUUUAUUAUCCCCUCCAAGUGGCAAUAUGACUAGUUGAUUAGGUAGUAAUAAUUCGGUAAGAAUGUUUGGAAUUUAGUUUCUUAAGAAAACUGAUUAGUAAGACAGACCUAUAGCUGAGAAAAAGGUUAAACGAGUUUUAAUAGGAAGUGACCGUAAUUUUCACCUGUCGAGUUUCACUUCUAACCUGAAUUCAUCAUUAGAUCUGUUUGUAAUAGUAACGUAUCUGUUCUUGAAACAUAUAUUUUCUUAUUUAAAAGUUAUAAAUUUAAAAUUAUCAAUAUUAAAAUUUUCGAAAAUAUUCUUACCAUUUUCUCAAGAUUACAGAAUUAAGUGCUAAGAAAAUAUUAUAUAAAGAUAAUAUUUAAAAAACGAGUUCAGUGUAUGAUCAAUAACCGGCAUCACGUGUAUUUUCAAAUAUAGAAAAAAAUAUAUCUUUUCUGUAUAUUGUUAUGCACAUAAAAUACUAAAGAUUAUUUUUUAAAGAUUAUUUCAUGAAAAGAUUAAUAUAGAUUACAGAAAAUAUAAUAUAUAACAAAAUAUUUUAAAUAAAUUAAUCAUGUGGCCAAAAGAUGUUGGUAUUAAGGCAUUGGAAGUAUACUUCCCUGCUCAAUAUGUUGAUCAAACGGAAUUAGAACAGUUUGAUGGUGUUUCUGCUGGAAAAUAUACUAUUGGUUUAGGCCAAUGUAAAAUGGGUUUUUGUAAUGAUCGUGAAGAUAUUAACUCUUUAUGUUUAACAGUUGUACAACGAUUAAUGGAUAGAUAUGAUAUAAAACCUGAAGAUAUUGGAAGAUUAGAAGUUGGAACUGAAACCAUAAUAGAUAAAAGCAAAUCAGUUAAAACUGUUCUUAUGCAAUUAUUUGAACCAUAUAAUUGUACAGAUAUAGAAGGAAUUGAUACAACUAAUGCUUGCUAUGGAGGUACUGCUGCUCUUUUAAAUGCCGUAUCUUGGAUAGAAAGCAGUGCUUGGGAUGGCAGAUUAGCUUUAGUUGUUGCUGGUGACAAUGCCGUAUAUUCUAGUGGAAGUGCUAGACCAACUGGUGGUGCUGGAGCAAUAGCAAUGGUAAUUGGACCAAAUGCACCUUUAAUAAUUGAUCGUGGAGUGAGAUCAUCAUGUAUGAAACAUGUAUAUGACUUUUAUAAACCAAAUUUAAAGUCUGACUAUCCUAUUGUAGAUGGACAAUUAUCAAUUCAAUGUUAUCUUAGUGCAUUGGAUACUUGUUAUCAGACUUAUCGUAAAAAGGUGAUAGAUAAAUACAAUCGUAAUGUGACUUUAGAUAAUUUUGAUUCAUUUUUGUUUCAUUCUCCAUAUUGUAAAUUAGUACAAAAAUCAUUAGCUAGAUUAGCCUUUAUUGAUUUUUUGAAUACAUCUAAAGAAGAAAUAUCCAAAAAAUAUCCAGAAUUAGAAAAAUUUCAUGGUAUUAAACUUGAGGAAACUUAUCUCAAUAAAGAUAUUGAGAAAGCAUUUAUAAAUUUAAGUAAAAAUAUUUUUAUGCAAAAAACACAACCUUCUUUAAUGAUACCAAGUCAAGUAGGAAAUAUGUAUACCCCAUCUGUAUAUAGUGGAUUGGCUUCUUUAUUAAUUAGUAAAUCUGUAAAAGAAUUAGCAGGAACCAAAGUAGGUGUAUUUUCAUAUGGUUCAGGAUUUUGUUCCACUAUGUAUUCAAUAACAAUAACAAAAGAUUAUAAUGAAAAAUCUGAUUUAAUGAAAAUUACUUCUUCACUUUCUUAUAUUAAACAACAACUUGAUGCUCGUCAAAAGGUCUCUCCAGCUGAUUAUACAAAAGUAUUAGAGUUACGUGAACAGAAUUGUCACACUGUACCAUAUAUUCCUCAAAGUAACAUUAAAAAUUUAUUUCCUGGAACCUAUUAUCUUGUACAAGUGGAUGAGAAAUAUAGAAGAACUUACAAUAGAGUAUGAAAUUUCUGUUAAUCUUUACUAUUUAACUUAUUAAUUUUAACUUAAUACAAAACAACAAAAAAAAUUAAGAUUAAAAUUACUAAAUCAAAGAAAAAAAAAUGAUGCAUAAUUAUAAUAAAAUAUUUUCAUUAAACAUGUUUUUAUAAUGAUAAAAAAGCUGCAUCAAGAAUAUUAAAAAUUAAAAAUAUAUUAUUUUUAAAUCUUUUAAAUAUUUUUUAAAUAUAUAAUUUUUAAUCUUUUUAUAAAUAUUAAAAUUAAUAUAAUUUAUAUAAUAGAUAUAUUAAUUACUUUUAUAAAAAUAUAUCUUUUUGUAUAUUUAUUUAUCAUAAUUUUUAAUAUAUUACUAUAUCUUUUAAAUUUUUUUAGUAAAGAAAACUAUAAUCAUUGUGCUUCAUAUUGAAUAUUAAUGUGUGAAUAUUAAAUAAAUAACAAUACAGUAUGCUAAUUUAUAUGAAAAGUUCUUUAAAAAAAUAUUCCUAUGUAAUAUAUUUUUUAAUAUUAAAUAUUAAAAAAGCAAUAAAAAAUAGAAUUUAUACACAUAUAACAUACAUACAUAUAUUUCUUAUAGUAUCUUAUGUAACGUGUAUAGUUUUUAUGCACAUAUUAAAAAGUGCCUUAAUAAUAAAUUUUUUUCCACAAAGUUAUUCCUACAUUUUGUGUGUGUAGAUAAAAGAUGUAUGUACAUAUAAUAAAAUAUACCAAAAAUGAAAUUACAUAUAAAAAAAUUAUUCAAUAUGUUACAUAUUUAUUAUGUAUUUGUUAAUGCAUAUAAGUUAAAGAUUGUUAAGAUAAUUGUAAUAAAAUAUUAAAUUUUUUUUUUACAUAUUUUGUUAAAAAAGGAAAAUUCCUAGAAUAUAUAUUGUAAUUUACAAGUACAUAUUUAUUUGAUAAUAUCUAUAUAAAUGUUAAUAAAUAAUUACUAUUAUUUAAUAUAUUGUUUAAUAUUUAUUUUCAUAUUAAUUUUAUGUUAUGUAUAUUUUAUUUAUUUUAAUUAUACAAUAGAUGCAACAUUAUUUACAUUUUAGUAAUUAUAUCAUAAUAAUAUUACAAAAUAAUAGAAUAACAAUUCUUUUAAAAAAAUAUAUCAAUAUAUUAUUUGUGCUCAUUGAGAUUCAUUUCAUUAAAAAUAAAUAUAAGUAUGAUAUUUUGCUAUUUAUAAAUAGUUGAAGUACAUAAUUGUCAUUAUUAUAUCAAUUAUCAAAGCUAAAUAUUUAUAUUUACAAAUGUAUACAUUUAAAAUAUUCAAUCUUAAGUCUCUAAUAAUAUUCUAAAAGUAAUAAUAAUUUUCCAAAUUAAUUCAUAGUGAGUUUUGAUUCUAUAAUUAAAUAGUCACAAAAUACUGGCUUAGUAUCAUAAUUAUUACUAUUUUGUCAUUAUCAACUCAUUUUUUUUAAUAUCACAUUACUUGAAUCAUUAGAAAAAUAUUGUACAUUAUUCAUUUUAUGUACAAAUUUAAAUUUAAAAAAGAUAUGUAUUAUUUAAAAACCUCUUGUUUAAAAACCAUUACCUAAAAUAUUUUAUAUGAGCAGCUUGAACAAGAAGACAAUUUUCUACUUGCACCAAGUCUAACAACUUCAUCUUCAUUAGCAUUUAUUUGGCGAUUUUCAUAUCGUCUCUAAAAAAAAAAAAAAAAAAAAACAAUAAA